GUUUCCCUCUCACUCCUUUUUGGUUAGAAUGUAGAUAUCAUCAAUAGCGAAUCUGUACAAACUUGUAUUUGGACAUAAUGCCCUCGACCAAACUCGGCACAAUGGAGGAGUCGUUCACAAUCUGGUGCACUGUUUUUGUUUUUGAUUUUUUUUUUUUUUCUUUCCUUUUUUUUUCGUUUUUUUUUUUCUUUUUUUUUUUUAGGUCGGAUCCACUAGAGGUCGCUAGAGCACUGUAUAGAUAACCGUUUUUGACAGCUUGUUAUUACAAGAGAUGAAGUCAACAGAUGAAAACCAAACUGUCAUGUCAUUUUGGGAGCUUGAGCUUUGCGAUUGUGGAUCUGUUAAUAAUAAAUUGUUUAAGAAUAUAGCUCUGGGUUUCAUGCAUUUGUGAAAAUAUAUAUUUUUUUUAUCCAUUUGCUUCUACGUGCACUGUAAGGUGGAUUUGAAUCCCCCAUCCACUCUUUGAUUGUCACACUGUAACAUUCUGCCUGGUACAAUGAAGCUGAUUUAUGCUUUAGCCAAUGAACGCCCUCCUACAGGCGGAUGUGGUUUUGCUGAAAAUCGGCACCAAUCAAGACGUAGCACCCGCUUCGUAAAGGCGGGACUUAAGCCGCGAAAGGAAAGUUGGCACACGUCAAUCAUGCGCAGCGCUCUCCUCUCAUUGGUCCGUCGUUAUGAAUGAGGACAUGUCCAGUUAGCCAGAGCGCAGCAAUCGGCGGAUAACGAACCUGGCAAGCUAACCAGCCAGCACCGUUUGGACCGAGGGGAUUUGAACAGGUUUCAUCGGCCAGAGAGGACGGGUAAAGCCGGAUGCUGUGACUACCAUGAGUCCCGCGGGUUGCCCUCAUGUCAACGGCUUCAAAGUGGACAACUGGAAGCAGAACCUGAGGGUCAUUUAUCAGUGUUUCGUGUGGAGCGGUUCAGCCGAGACCAGAAAACGCAAGGCCAAGUCAUGCAUCUGCCACAUGUGCGGCGCCCACCUCAACAGACUCCACUCCUGCCUCUACUGCGUCUUCUUCGCCUGCUUUGCCAAAAAACACAUCCACGAACAUGCCAAGAGUAAAAGGCAUAACCUAGCUAUUGACCUGCUGCACGGAGGAAUUUACUGUUUUAUGUGCCAAGACUACAUUUAUGACAAAGACAUGGAACAGAUUGCCAAAGAGGAACAGAGGAAAGCCUGGAAAAUGCAAGGCAUAGGGGAGAAGUACUCGACGUGGGAGCCCACCAAGAGGGAGCUGGAGCUGCUCCGCCACAACCCCAAGAGGAGGAGAAUCACCUCCAACUGUACUAUUGGCCUGCGAGGUCUGAUAAACCUGGGCAACACAUGUUUCAUGAACUGCAUCGUCCAGGCGCUGACACACACACCGCUGUUACGCGACUUCUUCCUGUCAGACCGACACAAAUGCGAGAUGCAGAGCAACUCCUGUUUGGUGUGCGAGAUGUCGCAACUCUUCCAAGAGUUCUACUCAGGCCAUCGGUCGCCACACAUCCCCUUCCGCCUCCUUCAUCUGGUGUGGACCCACGCCCGUCACCUGGCCGGCUACGAGCAGCAGGACGCCCACGAGUUCCUCAUCGCGGCGUUGGACGUCCUUCACAGACACUGCAAAGACGACAACGGGAAGAAAGCCAACAACCCCAACCACUGUAACUGCAUCAUCGACCAAAUCUUCACAGGGGGCCUGCAGUCUGACGUCACCUGUCAAGUGUGCCAUGGUGUUUCGACGACCAUAGACCCGUUCUGGGACAUCAGCCUGGACCUGCCGGGGUCCUCCACCCCGUUCUGGCCCCUGAGCCCAGGUGGAGAUGGAUCAGCUCUUAACGGAGAGAGUCACACCACUGGAGCCACAACGCUCACGGAUUGUCUGCGCAGGUUCACCAGGCCAGAGCACCUCGGCAGCAGUGCUAAGAUCAAGUGCAGCGGUUGCCAUAGUUACCAGGAGUCCACCAAGCAGCUAACCAUGAAGAAGCUGCCUAUCGUGGCAUGCUUUCACCUCAAAAGGUUCGAACAUUCAGCCAAACUGCGGCGGAAGAUCACAACCUAUGUCUCCUUCCCGCUGGAGCUGGACAUGACGCCCUUCAUGGCCUCCAGUAAAGAAAGCAGGAUGAACGGGCAGUACCAGCAGACUGUGGACCCCUUCAACAACGACAACAAGUAUAGUCUAUUUGCAGUGGUGAACCACCAGGGGACGCUAGAGAGUGGCCAUUACACCACCUUCAUCCGCCAGCACAAGGACCAGUGGUUUAAAUGUGACGAUGCCAUCAUCACCAAGGCCAGCAUCAAGGACGUCCUGGAUAGUGAAGGGUACCUUUUGUUUUACCACAAACAGUUCCUGGAGUACGAGUAG